GCACGGCUCCAGACAGCCAAAGCAAAGGUGAGCCACCGUCCAUUAUUGCACCAAAAGCACCAAAGCGCCGCUGCGCUGCUUGCAGCUGCCGAGCUGAUAAUUAAGCAUGGGUGCCGCGCGCGCAUGGCGCUGGAAGCUUCUGCCCUUCCACUCCAAGCCGCCGCCGCCGCCGUCCCUCCCUGCAACCCUGUCCCCGGUGGACAAGGAGGAGGAGGUGCCACGGGAGUUCCUGUGCCCGAUACUGGGCGCGCCCAUGUCCGACCCGGUGAUCCUGCUGUCGGGGCGGACGUACGAGCGCGCCUGCAUCCAGGCCUGCGCGGAGCUUUCCGUCUCUCCGCCUGGCGUGGAGGGAGACUCGCCGGCAUCGGGUGGGGUGGUUCCCAUACCCAACGACGCGCUCGGAGCGGCCAUCCGGACUUGGAGCGCGCGGUCUGGACGCGCGCCGCCUGCUGCCCCUUCCGCCGCGGCGGCACGGGAGGCCGUGCUACGCGCGGUUCCAUCUCCGCGGCCCCCAGGCAGGUCGUCUUCUAACUUGUCCUGCUCCUCCAGGGCGUCCGCUGCGUCGACGUCGUCCUCCUCCUCCCGGUCGUCGUCAGAGAUAACGGCGGUGGAGAGGCUGGAGAUGGUGUGCGAGAAGAAAACGGAGUCGUUGCGGAUUGGUGAGGAUGAGGAGGAAGUUGGCCAGUUGACAGUGAAGGCUGUGAGCGGCGGAGACGAGUGGGAGGUGGAGUCAGCGAUGGCGGCGCUGCGACGGGCGACGCGGGAAAGCGCGCCGAGGAGGCGGGCGCUCUGCGUGCCGCAGCUGCUCGCUGCGCUCCGUCGCGUGCUGCUGUCCGCGCGUCACUCCGCCGCGGCGCGCGCCGACGCCACCGCUGCUCUGGCCAACCUCUCCCUCGAGCCUGAGAACAGGGUGCCCAUCGUCCGCGCGGGCGCCGUGCCGGCGCUCGUCGAGGUUGCCAGCUUGGGUGCUGCCGCCCCGGAGGCAUGCGAGCACGCGGCAGGCGCUCUGUUCGGCCUGGCCCUCCACGAGGGCAACCGCGCCGCCAUCGGCGUGCUCGGCGCCUUGCCUCCUCUUCUGGCACUCCUUACCACCGGCGACCAGGCCCCGCGAGCGCGCCGCGAUGCCGGGAUGGCUCUGCUCCACCUCUCCCUCGCCGCCGUUAACCAGUCUAAGCUCGCGCGCGCCCCGGGCGCCGCCAAGAACCUGCUCUCCAUCUCGUCCGAUUCCAACGAGCCGUUGCCCAUCCGCAGGCUGGCCCUCAUGGUGAUCUGCAACGUCGCCGCCUGCACUGAGGGCAGGACAGCGCUCAUGGACGCCGGCGCCGUCUCGACGUUUUCCGUCAUCCUUUCCGACGACGCUCACAGGUCGGAGCUUCAAGAAUGCUGCGUCGCGGCAUUGUACGACAUGAGCAAGGGAAGCCCGCGGUUCCGGGGGCUUGCCAGAGCGGCCGGCGCCGACCGGCCCCUCAUCCUCAUCGCCGAGCAAGCGGACCCGGGCGUUCACAAGGACAUGGCGCGGAAGGCUCUGCGAGCAAUGCUGGGCCUGGGCGACAUCAACGGCGGAGGCCUUCAUGAUUUCAGCAACAGCGAACGCAACGACGAUGACAGCGGCACCAUUGCGCCGUCCCUGCCGGUCCGCCGCCGGCGCGCCGCGAGCUGGGGAGCUCCUCCUGCCUCGAAGCUGCCAAGUUCACACCACUGGCGAUCAGUAUGUAUCGAUUAGCUUUAGUUCUUGAGCUGGGUGUUGCUGUGUUGUCAUAAUUGCAGUGGAUUCAUGCAGUGCUCCUUUUUACCUGCUUGGUCUGUAAUUUUGAAUGGAUGGUGAAAUUAAAGACAAUUGUGCAGUGGAAGCGCAUAUGUUUGUGCUCUACUUUGUUUAUACAUAUUUCCCCUGAAAAGGCUUUAGAUCUAGAUCAAACCAUCUGUACAGAUAUCCUAAAAAAAUAAAGAAAAUAU